GGCUUGCCCGAUUUGGCGAUGCCGGAAGACAGAAGGCAGUGCUUUCUGCAUACCGUACUGCUCCUCAGGAGAGGUUCUGUCCCACGGGUAGGAGAGGAGCGUGUCGCUCCUCUGCCAGGCCGACCACCGCUGCUGCCCCCGGUAUCGGUUCGCUGGACCCUUUACCGGCCCGGCGGAACACGAUGGGCCGCGCCGGUUCCCGCCCGGACCGGUAGCGCCAAGCACCGGGCGCCAUCGGAGCGCUUAUGGGGGCACCGGAAGCCGCCACAGCGUGCGGGUCCGGAGCGGUGGCAGUACCCGGUGUGUCCUACCCGGUCCCCGGUGGGCGGAGCGGCCCCUCGUUCCUCUGGAAUAUACAUGUAUUCUCCCCUCCCUUCGCCCUCCCUCAGGGCAGUUUGACUGCGGGAAGCCACCUUUCUCUCCGGGCGCAGCAGGACCGGUGAACUCCGGAGUCAAAUCCAGGGCGAGCCGUCCACCUCCCCCGAGCAUUGACAAAACAAGUAUGUUUCCUCUCAUACAACGAUGCUGCUUCAACACACCUUUUAAACUGCAGAGGUUAACUGGUCCCAGUCUGCUGCUCUAUGGGAAGAAUAAGACAACUUGGUCUUCCUUGGCCUUCUGGCUGCAGAGUGAUGCACGUCCUCUCUCAACGUCUCUGAGCCUCAAGCCAGCAUCAAUUUAUACAACCAAGCUGCAGGCUUUUCACACCUCUCUUCCUGCCUUCAAGAAGAAAGCCCCCGCAGAAUCUGAGGCAGAAUCGCAAAAAAGCGUGGGAUCACUGAAGGAUUCUCCCAAGCCAGCCCUUUACUUAAGCCUCGGGGGACUGAUUCCGUUUGUGGCCGUGCCGCUGGCCAUGGCCGUGCGGGGCACCUACUGCCCAGAGCUGGCCUUUGCUCAGGUCGCCUACGGUGCUGCAGCAGCGUCGUUCCUAGGGGGAAUGAGGUGGGGGUUUGCUCUCCCAGAAAACAGCCCAGCCAAGCCAGACUGGCUGAACCUGGCUAACGGCACGGUUCCUCCUCUGCUUGCCUGCCAAGCCUUGCUUUUCAAAGAUGUCACUCAGGGAGUAGUAAUGCUCACGCUGGCCUUAGGGAUAGCGCUGCAUUACGACAUUUCCCUUCUUCCUGCUUACCCCAGGUGGUUUAAAAUACUGAGGGUAGUGGGAACAGCGGUGAUGGUAUUAUCCCUGCUGGCCACUGUAGCACUGAAAUCUUUCUUAGAAGGGGAGCAAAGUGAUGACAGAAAAGUACGGCAGAACGCAAAUUAAUAAAUCAAUAAGGAAAAGCUAUUAUCUGCCAAUAAGGUAUUUAUAUGGAGUUCCAGGAGAAAUAAAGACUGGUUUGUCCUUAGAAGUCAUAUGAUGGCAGGGAUCAAGAUGCUUAUUCUUGAAGCAAAAUGAUUUUCCAAUUGAUUUUGUAGUUCAGGAGGGGAGGAUUGUAAAUAGCAAUUUCUUCCAAGGCAAGCAUGAGUCUGUUCUUAUCUGUAGAACAAAUAAAUGAGAUUAUACUGUUUUAGGAAUUUAGAAUGGAGGUUCAAAAUGACAUAGGUAUGAAUUGCUCUGUGCUGAACUAUGAAAGCAUCUGGUUUGACUGUAAUGUGUGAUCAUGUUCUGAGGUGGAGAAAACAACAGUAACAAGGUGAAAGCAGUUCUAGUUUGCUGUUUAAAGAAAUAGCAGAGAAUUAUGUGAAAGCACAUUCUACUCAGUUGCUGUGUUGUGCCACAAGACUCCUGUUUCGCUCCUGUUUUAAGAGAAGGUGCUGAAAAUCACAGAAUGGUUUGGGUCAGAAGGGGCCUUGAAGAUCAUCUCGUUCCAAUCCUCUGCUGUAUACAGGGACACCUUCCACUAGAUCAGGCUGCUCAAAGCCCCAUCCAGCCUGGACACUUCCAGGGAUGCUGCGUGAGGAAGUGCUCAGUGCCGUGUCAGGUUAGGACAGGGGAGGUUUGUUUGCAGUGGCAAGCCAAGGUCAGUACUCACCUGAAAUGUGUCUUUCAGCUGCUGUGCUGGAGUGGGGAAAAGCUGCAGGGGGAGCUUUGUAUCGCUGACAAGGUGCUGCAAGAGAUGGAAGGUGAAAUUCCCGCUCAGGCUUACUGAAAUUAAAAAGGCUAUUUGGGCCUGUUCUAGGUUUUGUUUGGAUUUAGGGCUGCCUGGCAAAGGAAGCUGCAUUCAACACAGCCAUAAAGAUCUGCCAUACUCCUAAAUUAAAGGACUCUUAGCUUAUGCCAUGACACAAGGACUCAAGUGCUGGCACUAAGGGAUCAGGAAACGGGACUGAAGGUAGCUUCUGUCUUCUCCCUCCUAAGAAUCCCUAUAUUUGGACAGGUACCGCUGGACUUGUAGCCUGCAAACCCUCCAUGAUGGGUCUGUUACUGAAACCACUGCAGAAGCAAAUUCUCUCUGUACUUAAUUCUUCCUAGCACAUCAUUUAGUGGAACAGUACCUAAGUCACAUGGAUUUUCUUUCUUGUGUCAGCUACCUCAAGAAACCUAUGAAAUGGGAUGUGAGCAUAUUUCUUGUAAGCUUUUUAUCAGAAGUAUUUAAGUACAGUUUAAGAUGCAGGAAGAAAGCUGGAAAUGACAUCCACACAUGGUCUUAGGACCAGGUAAUCCUCAUAGGUCUGUUAAAGCACUACUCUUCAUUGUUGUUCUACACCAAAUAAAGCACACAUUGUCCCUUAAAAUUCGUUACCUGUGCAUUCUGCAAAGAACAGAUGUUUAAGAAACCAGCCUGUCCUGGAGAUGGAACCAUCUUGUAUGAUGUUGCUGAAACAGCAGCUCUGUACACCAGCAGCUCUGUACACCUUUUGCAAUCUGUUAACAUUUCUUAUGUUAAAUAACAUAUUAAGCAUUUAUGGGUAUCAAUUGCUCUAUGCUGAAUUAUGAAAGUAUCCCAUUAAACAAUAUAUUUCAGAGCUCUCUGAACAUAAAGGAAAUAAAAUUGAGUUUGUGA